UUCGGGGCGCCUCAACGAUGGAGAGCGUUUCUUGAGUUCUUCCUGCUUAAACCCUGAGCUUCAUCAGUUCAAAGCUCUCUCUCCUCCAUCGCCAUGGGUUUCUUCGAUCUCAAUAUUCCUUACGACGAGCACUCAUCUUCAUCUUCAAUUAGGGUUAAUCGCAUCAAGAUUGUGGCCAAACUGAUGGAGCUCGGCUACUCCGGAAUCGCCUACAACCGUACGAUCAAAGGAGUGAUGUCUGAUAAGGACCGCUGUACUAUUCCUCUCCUUAAUGUUUCAUCACUUCAAAGUAUCCUUCCAACCUUCUCUGCCUCGUUGGAGUUCCACCGCAAUCUUCUCGGCGUCCCGCGGUCCUCUCCUUUCCGUCAGUACACGCGUCUUACUAUUUGUAUCAAUAGUUUGCAGGAGAUUCUGGCAGUCAAUUCUGGCAACCUCAUUCUGAAGACCUACGAUUUGAUUGCCGUGAAGCCUCUUAAUCAGAAUGCUUUUGAGCAGGCUUGUGAGAAAUUGGAGAUAGACAUAAUUGCAAUUGAUUUUGCGGAGAAACUGCCUUUCAGGUUGAAGCAAGGUCACAUAAAAUCUGCAAUUCAGCGUGGAGUUUACUUUGAAAUUAUGUACUCUGAUCUUCUUUCAGACGUUCAUGCAAGGAGGCAAAUGAUAUCUACUACUAAGGUCUUGGUGGAUUGGACAAAAGGAAAGAAUCUCAUAUUAUCUAGUGCUGCCUCUUCUGUAAAUGAAAUUAGAGGACCUUUUGAUGUUGCAAACUUGUCAUCCUUGCUCGGUGUCUCUAUGGAGCGAGCAAAAGUUGCUGUUUCAAAAAAUUGUCGCAAUCUUAUAGCUAAUGCUUUAAAGAGAAAGCAGUUCUACAAGGAGACGAUUCGAGUUGAAAGGAUAACAUCAGAUGAUAAGUUAGAUUCGAAUGACCCUUGGUCAGUGGAUUUGUUCAAAUGGGAUCCUAUAUCAAGUGGCGAAGGUGAUUUGCUAUUGGAUGAUAUAGCAAAAUCUUUUGCUGCCACUAAUAAAUCAAAAAUUGUGAAAGCCAUUGAUUUCACUUCAGUCAUUGACAACAUGCCUCCACAAGGUUUUCUAAUCAAGAAUGUAAUAGCAGGCUCUGAGGCAAAAGUGUCGUUGAAUGAUAACAGAGGCUUGUCGUGCGUUGUUGAUGCCAUUGAGCCACCAAUUGCAGUAAAUGGAGUAAUUCAACAGUCCUGUCCUCUUGAUGGAAAACAUUGUUCUACAUCCGAUCGUCAAUGCUCUGUAAUUGAAAAUCCUAAAAUUUCACGUUCACAUGAUGAUGCAGGAAAAGUUGGAAGUAAUUCUGAUGAAGACAAAUGCACUGUUGAAGAAAUUGUGCAGCCCAAGGCCUCAGUGCAGGAAGAACCUAUUGAAAUGGACAUUGACAAUGUUCAACCGCAAAACCCGCUACCCAGUAGCGAGUUAAAUGUAGUAUCCACAAAUGUGUUUGUGCAUUAUCCUACAUCUACCAGAGAUGUAUUAGAUGUUGUUUCAAUAAAUGAUGGAAAAGAAACUUUUACAAUGUCAGAGGAUGUUGCUUCUCACCGGCAUGAGUAUUGCUUAAAAAGUUCUGAUACAUUGUCUGGUUUAGAAAGUGUGUUGAGGGACAAAAGUUCAACUAAUUUGGUUUCAGAAAAUCAAAUGAAUAUGACUACGGUAUUAGAUGGUUCAUUUACAGCUGAAGAAUGUUUAGUUGGUGCAAGACUUGGGGAGCCUAUGGAUGUAGCAGCAGUCGAGGAUUGGGUUUCUCCUCUUAGUUCUUGUAUGAUUGAUAUAAAAGAUGAUUAUUUGAUCUCAAUUCGACAACAAACAUCUGAGGUGUUGAUGGAAGAGCAAAAAAGUGAAGAAGCUGACCCUCAGAUCAAACCUCCACCUGUAGAUCAGUCUAUAUCUGGCGUAAUGUCAACAGGGACAUGUCGUGCAAAACGAAAGAGACAUCAACAUCAUCCAGCAUUAAAGCUUCUGCAGUUAACCAAUCCUAAGGUUUUCAAGAGAGUUCAGGAAACAUAUUCAGAGAAAUACCGAUCAAAACGGAGGAGACAUCGUCCAGCGCUACUGCUUCCAUUCAAGCGCUUAAUCAAUCCUCUGUUCUUCAAGAAGGUGUAGAAGUUAGUUUGAGCUCAUUACAGAGUCCAAACCAAAUGGCUCACCGGGAUCCAACUGUGUGGCUUGAGACUUCAUGAAUCUUCCUCACUGCUUGUGAAGCCGAACGGAGGCAUCAUAGAACUUCAUUGGUGGAAAUGGAAUCAUACAUUGAUGAUAAACCUCUCACCUGAAAAUCACCGGCGGGAAGGGAUAGCUUGUGUUGGAGGAUAUCGAAGUAGGGCGGCGGUGGCGGCGGCGACGAACCGGUUUGUUGAAGAAGGCCAUUGGUUUUGAGAGAAGGGUUAAGGAGGCUAAAAGUAUGGUGAAAUAGAAUAUUGUUAGUUGGUGGACGAAUUGUUUGGGGUUGCGGCGGUGAAGUCAGUGAACCGUCGCCCCAGCUGUCUGGAAGUUCAGAGUUCCAUUGCUUGAUGGAGGAACAAGGUAACCAGUCAAAAUCAACACCGGCGGUGUCGGUGGAGGAAUGCGAGGCGGCGGAGAGAAAGUGGGAGAUGGUCAUUGGGACGGCGGCGCGUGAGUUUUAGAAAGAAUAAGAUCAGAGUGUGCGUGAAGGGGAAGGGGAGGCUCGAGAGAGUUGGAGAUUGCAAAUGCGCCAUUGAGGGACUACUUAUGGUACCACGCGAGCUCGGAUGAUGACGUGGAAUAUGACGCCACGUAUUUAUUAUUAUUAUUAUCGUCUUUGGAAAAAACACAUAUUUUUAAUAUCGUUGACUUUUUUUUUUCUAACUAUUUAGAAUAUAUAUAAUACUACAGAAAAAUACUCUUUA